CUUAACGCACGAGGAGAGAAUGCUGAUAAUAGGGGAGCGUAUCGAUUAAUAGCGGACUGUUGCAUGCCCCAAAUGUUCAAUCGGAACAAUCGCAGUGGUAUAGAUAAUGCAGUUCGACACCCAAAAUCCGCGCGGCUAAGCAAGCAUGGGGAGACUUCCGACAAUGACUUUGACAAGCAGGCAGAGUAUCUGAUUCCUGCGGAAGUGCGCAUGAUCAGCGGAUGCCACUCCCUCGAAACUUCAGCGGAUGUAGCUAACAUCUAUUCCAUCGCAGAACCGGGCAAACUUCCUUCGCCAGAAGGCCGUGCAGGAGGAGCGUGCACCACGGUGCUUUUGUCGAUUUUGUACGAUGCGCAAAAAAAGGGAAAUUCUGGUGCCGAUUCCGUUACAUUUCAGAGGCUGCUUCUGGAAUUGCGUCGACGAUUGGCACAAACCGGCAUGUCGCAAAUACCACAAUUGACGAGUUCGCGGCCACUGGAACUGAAGGAAACUCCUUUUUCGCUGAGAAGUAAAGGUCCUAUUUUUGGAAAUGGUCGAUAUCAGCAGCAGCAACGACAAGGAGAAAGUGGAACGCAGCGUGCCCUUUUGGUAGGAAUCAAUUAUUACGGACAAAGUGGUCAGCUAUCGGGAUGCAUCAACGACGUUUUGAAUGUGAAAAAGUACAUCUGCAAAUACCAGGGCUUCCUCGAGAAGCACGUGUUGCUUCUCAUCGACGAUGGUCGUCACCACCAUCCGACGCGAGAAAACAUCAUCCGCGCCUUGCGCCGUUUGGUCGAGCACAGCAAGCCGGGUGAUAGCGUCUAUUUUCAUUACAGCGGGCACGGCGGGCUACUGGAUCCUAACUAUUGGGAUCGCUUUAAAUCCCGCGUGUCAAAUAAGAAAUACGACGAAACACUCUAUCCCGUAGAUCACGUAACAUCGGGACAAAUCAAGGAUUUCAAUCUAUUCCAUCAUUUCGUCAAGCCGAUGGCAGCCGGUGUGACCGUGACCUGCGUAAUGGAUUGUUGCCACUCCGGUAGUGUUUUGGAUUUGCCCUAUUCCUAUAGACCGACAAACGACGGUACGAUUCGAAUGAGGCAAUCUAUGGAUUCGCUAACGAACCUAACAUAUUUGUAUAUUUUGGCAGGUGGAAUGCUUCCUAGUCACGGGUUUGAGUCCAUCGCUGAAAAUCUGGAAACUAAAACUGGCGAGGCAUUGGACUCUAUUCAAGGAAUAGGAGUUGAGGAACUCUCGUCUGAUAUAGAUGGUUUUGAAAAUGUCUAUACCAAUAGUGGCAACAUUUUCAGUGAUACGACAGGCGACAAUAUUGACAUUGUUGGAACAGCAGGUGACGACGGAAAUAUACCGGUAUAUUCCAGUGAUAACGGAUUAGUUUGUGAAGCUGGGAGUGUACCCGGACAAGGCAUUACCGAUGGCGAUGGCGGAAAUGCUGGUGUUUUUGGUAACCAAAAUUCAGACGGCAGUGCACAAGAUUUCUUCGUCGCCGAUGACUAUACUUCAGCCGAUUGUGACUGUGGAGGAGAGGAUUGCGAUGGUUGUGAUGUGGUAGGGGAACUUCUGAAUACCAUGUUUGAGAAUUCGUAAUUGUCAGAAGAAGAAUUUGGCUGACGAGUUUUUGUUACGGGUAGUUCGAAUAUGGCAAGUUGCCGCUCGCUUUUGUUGAUGAAUCCUUACCAGCAACCAUUGGGCAAAGUUCAGCUCUUCAAAUUUGGCUCAUGUCGUAAGAGAGCUAGACCAAGUUAGUUCCCAUCUCGGAAGCAUACCGGUAUUAUGUUGUUGUGUGCAUCAAUUAACUAGCGAACAAUUG